AUGGAGCUGCUAUCUGACUAUGCUGUAGGGAAGAAUAUAGCUGGCUGUAACGACUCUAGCAGGCAGCUUAGUCAGGUUCGGCGUAUCUGCAGGAGCUUCUUGUAUUGUGGCUUCUUGCAGAUCGCUCCUGAUGACGUUGUUGCCAACGUAGAGAUUGCCACAGUGAAGAAGUUUAAAUUUAGCUUGAGAUUCUUUACAUGA